AGGUGUGAGGUUGACUCCCAGCACCCAGUCCUCAGUGAGCCUGACUCACAGCAUCCAGGCUGCAGGCUCCCUCCUUCGCACCGCUUGGAACCAGAAGCUUACGUCCUCCGAAGACAAUGGCAAUGGUGCCCAAUAACACAGAUCUAAGCACAAUCCUUUCAAGACUGUUAGAGUACAUAGACCAAACAAGCAGCCCGAGGCCACCACCUGUGGCUCCAAGUGACCACCAGGAAGUAGUGUAUAUUCUGUUAUUGCUUGGAAUCUUUGGCUUCUUCACCUUAGGAGUAAUGCUUAGCUACAUCCGCUCCAAAAAGCUUGAACAUUCAAAUGACCCCUACAAUGUGUACAUCGCCACUGACAUUUGGCAUAAGAAGGACAAGGCCAACCUGCAUGCCAAAGUGGCGGAAAACUACAGAUUGUGCUGUGUGUUUGAAAACCCUCUUGCUGUGGAGCAACCUAACAGUCAUAUUCCUGAAGUGAAGCCUUCAUAGCCAAUGGCCACUUAAUGGGACUGGUGUUGUGCUGGAUCUUUCAUGAGUACAAAGGAAAGCUCUUGGAAUACAUUCAUGAAUAGCAAAAUGACAGAAAAACACUGGUCUUCCAGAA